AUGUACGGGCUCAACGCAAACUACGACUCGACGGCCAGCAGCCACGGCGUCCCGCUGAGCAACCGCCACCCUCGUCGCGACGAGCAGCAGGCCGAGGCCGCGGCGGACGACGACGACCCGCCCGAGACCCUCGGCCACGGCGACAGCAGGCCGGAGCUGAUGGCCGCCAUCCCCCCUGCCGGCAAGGAGGCCGACGACCCUGCCGAUGCAGAGCUGGAGCGGCGCCUGUCCGUCGUCCAGACGCUCGCUCGCUCGUACUCGAGAGCCUCCUCCCCCGGCGGCCCCGGCCAGAACCCGUUCCGCGCCGGCAAGGACUCGCCCCUGAACCCCGGCUCGCCGCACUUCAGCGCGCGCGAGUGGGCCAAGGCCGUGGUAGAGCUGGUCCUGCAGGACGACAAGGCCUUCCGCUCCUCCGGCGUGUGCUUCCAGAACCUCAACGUCCACGGCUUCGGCGCCGCCACCGACUACCAAAAGGACGUGGCCAACGUCUGGCUCUCCGCCGUGGACGCGGCUCGGCAGCUCACGGGCGCCGGCAGGCAGCGCAUCGACAUCCUGCGCAGCUUUGACGGGCUGGUCCGCAAGGGCGAGAUGCUGGUCGUGCUGGGGCCGCCGGGGUCCGGGUGCUCGACCUUUCUCAAGACGAUUGCCGGCGAGAUGAAUGGCAUCCAUGUCGGGCCAGGGUCCUAUUUCAACUAUCAAGGCAUCUCCCCCGAGGAAAUGCACACCAACCACCGCGGCGAAGCCAUCUACACCGCCGAGGUCGACGUCCACUUCCCCCAGCUGUCCGUCGGCGACACCCUCACCUUCGCCGCGCGGGCUCGGCAACCCCGCGCCCUGCCCGACGACCUCGACAAGGCCCAGUUUGCCCACCACGUGCGCGACGUCGUCAUGGCCAUGUUCGGCAUCUCCCACACCGCAGACACCCGCGUCGGCAACGAGUACGUCCGCGGCGUCUCCGGCGGCGAGCGGAAGCGCGUCACCAUCGCCGAGGCCGCCCUCUCCGGCGCGCCCCUGCAGUGCUGGGACAACUCGACGCGCGGCCUCGACUCGGCCAACGCCAUCGAGUUCUGCCGCACGCUGCGCCUGCAGGCCGAGCUGUUCGGCACCACCGCCUGCGUGGGCAUCUACCAGGCGCCCCAGACCGCCUACGACCUCUUCGACAAGGCCGUCGUGCUGUACGAAGGCCGGCAGAUCUUCUUUGGCCGCGCCGCCGACGCCAAGCAGUACUUUGUCGCCCUGGGCUUCGAGUGUCCCGCCCGCCAGACCACCCCGGACUUCCUGACCUCCAUGACCUCGCCGUCGGAACGCAUCGUGCGCCCCGGCUUCGAGGGCAAGGCCCCCCGCUCCCCGGACGAGUUCGCCGCCGCCUGGAGAAGCAGCGCCGAGUACAAGGCCCUGCAGGCCGAGAUCGAGGAGUACAAGAAGUCCCACCCCAUCGGCGGGCCCGACGCCGAGGCCUUCCGCGCCUCCAAGCGUGCCCAGCAAGCCAAGGGCCAGCGCGCCAAGUCUCCCUUCACCCUGUCGUACGCCCAGCAGAUCAGGCUGUGCUUGUGGCGCGGCUGGAGGCGACUCGUGGGAGACCCGAGCCUCAGCGUUGGUGCUCUCAUCGGGAACUUCGUCAUGGCCCUCAUCAUCGGGAGCGUCUUUUACAAUCUGCAAGACACGUCCUCGAGCUUUUUCCAGCGCGGCGCCUUGCUGUUCUUUGCUUGUCUGAUGAAUGCCUUUGCAUCCGCCCUCGAGAUCCUGACUCUGUACGCCCAACGUCCCAUAAUCGAGAAGCACUCCCGAUAUGCCCUUUACCAUCCCUCUGCCGAGGCCAUCGCGUCCAUGCUGUGCGACCUGCCCUACAAAAUCACAAACUCCAUCGUCUUCAACCUGACGCUCUACUUCAUGACCAAUCUGAGGCGAGAGCCGGGCGCCUUCUUCUUCUUCCUCCUCAUCAGCUUCUCCACAGUCAUGGUCAUGUCCAUGAUCUUCCGAACCAUCGCCUCGGCUUCUCGAACCCUGUUUCAGGCCCUCGUCCCCGCAGCCAUCCUGAUCCUCGACCUCGUCAUCUUCACCGGCUUUGUUCUGCCCAAGCAGUACAUGCUGGGUUGGUGCCGAUGGCUCAGCUACAUCGACCCGCUCGGCUACUCCUUUGAAGCCCUCAUGGUCAACGAAUUCCACGACCGCCAGUUCAGAUGCACCGACUUUGUGCCGACCGACAAGGCUCCCACGCCGAGCGUGGUCGACAAGCUUCGAGAGUACGCAAACAUCGGCCCGGACAACCGGAUAUGUUCUGCUGUCGGCGCCGUCCCCGGCCAGAGUAUCGUGUCGGGCGACAGCUACACCAGGUCGAGCUUCGACUACGAGUGGGAUCAUCGCUGGCGCAACUUUGGUAUCGUCGUCGCCUUCACCGUCUUCUUCCUCGUCUGCUACAUUGUCGCCGCCGAGCUCGUGUCCGAGAAGAAGUCAAAGGGCGAGGUUCUGGUCUAUCGCAAGGGCCACAGGCCGGCAGCCGCCGAGCAGGCCGAGAAACGACACCAUGACCCCGAAGCUGCCCUGGCCAACAUUGGCCCCAUCGUCACGGCCGAGCGGAGCAGGGUCCAAGGUAAGGGGGAGGACGGCGUGCUUCAGCAGCAAACGUCCGUCUUCCAGUGGCACGACGUCUGCUACGACAUCAAGCUCAAGAACGAGACGCGCAGGAUACUGGAUCACGUCGACGGAUGGGUCAAGCCGGGGACGCUGACCGCGCUCAUGGGCGUUUCCGGCGCGGGGAAGACGACGCUGCUGGAUUGCCUGGCCGACCGGACCUCGAUGGGCGUCAUCACCGGCGAGAUGCUGGUGGACGGACGCCCUCGCGACAUGUCCUUUCAGCGCAAAACGGGCUACGUCCAGCAGCAGGAUCUGCACCUGCAGACCACGACGGUGCGCGAAGCCCUCAACUUCAGCGCCAUCCUCCGCCAGCCAAGCCACGUUCCCAGGGAAGAGAAGCUCGCGUACGUCGAGCAAGUCAUCAAGCUGCUCGACAUGGCCGAGUAUGCCGAUGCCGUCGUCGGCGUGCCCGGGGAGGGUCUCAACGUGGAGCAGCGCAAGCGCCUGACCAUUGGCGUCGAGCUGGCCGCCAAACCCCCGUUGCUCUUGUUUGUGGACGAGCCCACCUCUGGCCUAGACUCCCAAACCUCGUGGGCCAUCCUCGACCUGCUGGAGAAGCUGACCAAGGUCGGUCAGGCGGUCCUGUGCACGAUCCACCAGCCCUCGGCCAUGCUCUUCCAGCGAUUCGACCGCCUUCUCUUCCUGGCCAAGGGCGGCAAGACUGUCUACUUUGGCGACAUUGGCGAAAACUCAAGGACCCUGACGAGCUACUUUGAGCGGAACGGCGGGCAUGCCUGCCCCGAGGCUGCCAACCCCGCGGAAUGGAUGCUGGAGGUGAUUGGCGCGGCUCCCGGAUCGUCCACGGACAUCGAUUGGUUCCAGACGUGGCGACAAAGCCCCGAGUACAGGAGAGUGCAGGACGAGCUCGAGCAGAUCAAGAGAGAAAACGAGCCGAGGUCGGAAGCCUCGGCGGCGGCGGCGGCGGCGGAGAAGGAGGACGACGACGACUACGACGACGACGACCCCGGGCGCUACCGCGAGUUCGCCGCGCCGCUCAUGGUGCAGCUCAAGGAAAACCUCGGCCGCGUGUUCCAGCAGUACUGGCGCACCCCCGUCUACAUCUACGCCAAGACGGGCCUCUGCACGCUCGUCGCGCUCUUCAUCGGCCUCAUCUUCUUCAACGCGCCCAACAGCAUCCAGGGGCUCCAGAACCAAAUGUUUGCCAUCUUCCAGCUCCUCACCGUCUUUGGCCAGAUUGUGCAGCAGUCCAUGCCGCAGUUCAUCAUCCAGCGGUCCCUGUACGAGGCGCGCGAGCGCCCCUCCAAGGUGUACUCGUGGAAGGUCUUCAUGCUCUCCCAGAUCAUCGUCGAGCUGCCCUGGAACGCGCUCAUGGCCGUCAUCAUGUACUUUUGCUGGUACUACCCCAUAGGGCUGUACCACAACGCCGUCGCGACCGACGCCGUCGCCGAGCGCGGCGCCCUCAUGUUCCUCUUCCUGCUCAUGUUCAUGCUCUUCACCGGCACCUUCUCGACCCUCGUGGUGGCCGGGUUCGAGACGGCCGAGGCGGGCGGCAACCUCGCCAACCUCAUGUUCACGAUGUGCCUCAUCUUCUGCGGCGUGCUGGCCCAGCCGAGCACGCUCCCCCGCUUCUGGAUCUUCAUGUACCGCGUCUCGCCGUUCACGUACCUCGUCUCGGGCAUGCUGUCCACCGCCGUCGCCAACUCCGAAGUCGUCUGCGCCUCCAACGAGUUCCUCACCUUUGCGCCCCCCGGCAACCAGACCUGCGGGGAGUACAUGCGCGCCUACAAGGACGUCUUUGGCGGCCGGCUCCAGGACGAGUCGGCCACCGGGACCUGCCGCUUCUGCCCGGUCGCCGACACCAACACGUUCCUGCGGGGGGUGAGCAGCGACUACGGCGACCGGUGGCGCAACUUUGGCCUGCUGUGGGUGUAUGUCGGCUUCAACAUUGCUGCCGCCAUGUUUGUGUACUGGCUCGCCCGGAUGCCCAAGAACAAGCUCGGCAAGAAGAAGUAG